CACUCGCCAAAAGAGUGGUAGAAAAAGUCAGAUCCUGUCUUCCUCUAAGACCUCUCAACCAUGCACGCUCUCUCCCAACUUUCAACUCUGUUCAUGCCAAUCCCUUAGCCGUUAGAUGGUCUCCGUCGUCGCGGGCGGUGUAGAAAUGAAUCCUACCAACCCAACGCCGGGGACUUCCACCAUCACCGACUCCGCCGUCACAUUCCAGCCACCGCCCAGCCACCGAAUCCUCGAGAUCUGUCUCAUCUCCGCCCGUGAUCUCUCCCCCGUCUCCAAGCCCCUCCGCUCCUACGCCCUCAUUUGGAUCCACCCCAACCGGAAGCGCUCCACCGGCAUCGAUCAAGAUGGCCACACCAGCCCCGCCUGGAACGACAAAUUCUCAUUCAGAGUCACCGACGACUUCCUCUGCUCCGAUCAUUCCGCCGUAAACGUUGAGAUCUACACCUCCUCGUGGUUCCGCGACGUGCUCGUCGGCACCGUCCGCGUCACGAUCGGGAACCUACUUACCCCUGUUGCCGUCAACGGCCAGAGAUUUGUAGCUCUUCAGGUCCGCCGGCCGUCCGGCAAUCAUCAGGGGAUACUGAAUUUGGCAGUUUCGCUGAUUAACCCAGCGAUAUACGGUAAAUCAGAUCCGAAUAUGUUAGGGCUAAAAAUGCGAAAGAUGGUGAGCGUACCGGAAUGCGACGACGACGAAGAUGAAGACGAGGAGAAGAAGAAAUUGAACGCCAAAAUUCAACAAUGGCGAGCCAUGAGCGAAGGCCUGUCAGAUAUUAACGUUGAUUUUCCCGGGAAGCCGGGAUCAAUGGUGAAUGGAUCGGUAUGCAAUGGUUCAAUGGUGAAUUACGGGUCCGAACUUUGCUCCGACAUUGGACCGUCCGCUUCGAUCGUGGCGGCGGAGAUACAACAGAAGUCGCAGUUGUCGCCGGUUCAGCCAAGGGAAUCGCCGGUGAGGAGGGGAAAGGGGAAAUGCGAGGAUGGAGGGGAGAGUUUGAUACUCGAGGAUAUGACGGUGGAGGAAGCGGCGGCGAAAGGGCUGAACACGGUGAGCGUAGAAAGGUGGAGAACGGCGGGGCCGGUGAGAGGACUUGGGAAGCACGGACAUGGAGGGCAGGAAAAAGACGGCGCCGUCAAGUGCUUCGCCAACGCUUACGGGUUUGAGUUCACCAUAGUUUGCGGGGCGGGUAACAGUAACGGCAACGGAAGUAGAGUUAACAGUAAUAAAUCCAGAAAGAAGACGGAUUAGUAGGCGCCAGUGGCUCGUCUCUUACAAUCGAUCGAUUCACCGUUAGUUCUUUUCGGUUUAAAUCAUUAAUUAAAGAGCUAAUUACAGAUUAAUUGAUUAAUUAAUCACUAACCCCUGUUUUCAUAACAAUACAUUGCAAAUUGAGUUGGGAUUUUUGGGAGAUUUUAAUAUUUGAUUUGCCAUUACCAUUACUCUUAUUGUACAACCUCAAAGCUCUUGUGUAAAUUUUGGUGCAACUGCUCCUCCAGUUAAUAUAUUUAUUUAUUAUUCUUACUUA